UUCCUGAUCAAAAGCUCCAGGGGUUGCUUGUUUUUUGUAGUCAGCAUUUAGAGGGAUAUACUUAUAUACAGUGAACUUUUGGAAUCGAGUUAGACAAUCAGUGAUGUUUCAUGCCCUGGUGAACAAACCACAAGGUUUAUUAAGGAAAUGUUGCUUUUACAGACCAGAAGAAAAAUCAAGAUAAGAGAAGAUUACCUUCCACAACAGCAUAUAUAUUUUUCCAAGAAAAUAUACUCAUCAUGAGUGCCAAAACAGGUACAAACAAGAGUCACACUUCUAAACCAGAAGGCCUCGCACUUGCAGCAGCUGCUUUGCAGGACCACAUUUUACACAGCCUGCAUCUACAGAACAUGUCCUUAAGCAACCCUUUGAAGACAAAGCUUUGCAUGAAAUAUAAGGGUUGCAAACCAUCCACCACACAUUCUGUACAAGCAGUCGUAGAUAGUGGUUUAAGAAGAAGAAAAACAACCUACUGUAAUCUGAAAGGAGCUGCAGAUGAUCAGGACAAGGAAUAUGUUCUUGAUCCCAGCCCUUCACCACUUUCACUAGCUCAAAAGCUUGGCUUGGUUGAAACUCCUGUGGCACCUCUUUCAACAGAAGAAUGGGCAAAAGUGAAGAAAAGAUCAGUGGAGCAGGGGGAUUCUUCCCAACCUUGCGUGAUUUGCAAAGAGGAAUUUGGACUACAACAACAGGUGCUGCUUUCAUGUUCUCAUGUCUUUCACAGGGUUUGUUUGCAAUCUUUUGAAAGAUUCUCUGGCAGAAAAACAUGCCCGUUAUGUAGAAAGGAACAAUACCAGACAAGAGUGAUACAUGAUGGUACAAAUAAGUAUAAAAAUAAGUGUGCAGCAAAAAUUCAGGCCUUGUGGCGUGGCUAUAUUGUUCGUAAAUGGUACAGGCACUUGAGAAAAACGGUACCCCCAAAGGAUAAAACAUUAAGGAAAAGAUUCUAUGAAGAAAAGUUUCAGGAAAUAAGCAACAGGCUACUGAAAUCAUGUGAAACAAAUGUUGAAGAAUUCAUUUCAGAAAUUGAUCAGUGUUUGACUGCUAAUUCUAACAUGCUCCAGAAGUUGGACAACUUAUGUAGCCCUACCAUUUCUGAUGAAGAAUGGCAGAAAAUACAGCUAAAGGCUAUUCAACGAGAGACUAUGGACUGCCCCAUAUGUAUAACUCCACUCAGCCAUAGCAGCAGUUUCCCAGGUUCCUCUGUGCCUGACAGUGGUGACCAGUACCAUUCUUCACGUCAGAUGGUGCUCCUGUCCUGCUCACAUCUUUUUCAUCACACCUGUCUGCAGGCAUUUGAAGACUUAACCAUUGAGCGGAAACUUAUUUGCCCGUUAUGCAGAUCAUUCUAUCAAAAGAGGGUUCUCUGAUAUUAAAAUAUGUGCAGUCGAUUGUCAGACUAACUAAAUAUUGUUAUUGUCCAGUUUUUUCAUGUAAUAAUAUAUGAUAUAUAGUUAAAACUGUGAUUCUCAACAUUUAAGUGUGAUGUAGUAUUCAUGCAGUUGCAUAUGACUUGCACAUUACCUAAUGUCUGUUUCUUCUUUGUCAUGGAUCACGUAUAUUACUGAAACUUAAUCAUUAAGAAAUUGGUGAACUUUUUUCAGUCUGUCAAAGGAUAGCAUAAAUAAAUCACAGCGAAAAUAGGCUAUUCAACUGAUUGCAAAGUGACUCAAAAGUACACGUCAGUUAAAUUUUUAUGGCAUCUUUGAUAAUAUUAAGAGGAAGGCCUCUGCCACUACAGAAGAAUUUGUUAUUUAUA